AUGGAGUAUGGAUCCAAUAGACUCUAUGUCUGGACAGCGUCCCUCUCCAUCUCCCUCACCUCCAACCCUUCCUCCUCCUUCGCCUUCUCCCUCUCCACCUCCUCCUUCUCUCCGUCCAACUGCUCCAGCUCUCCAUCGCCCUCCUCCCCUCCCUAUAACUUCUACGCCGUGCUGCUGGUGCUGCUUAUCUUCUGUGUGGUGUUUGGCAACGUGCUAGUUUGCGUGGCGGUGUCGCGUGAGCGCGCCCUCCAGACCACCACCAACUACCUCAUCGUCUCCCUGGCCGUGUCCGAUCUGCUGCUGGCCACCCUGGUCAUGCCCUGGGGCGUCUACCUGGAGGUGGUAGGGGAGUGGCGCUUCAGUCUCAUCCACUGUGACAUUCUCCUGACCCUGGACGUCAUGAUGUGUACUGCCAGCAUCCUCAACCUCUGUGCCAUCAGCAUCGACAGGUACACGGCGGUGGCAAUGCCCAUGCUGUAUAACACCAGAUACAGCUCCAGGAGGAGGGUGGCUCUGAUGAUUGCUGUCGUGUGGUUCCUCUCCUUCGCCAUCUCCUGCCCUCUGCUGUUUGGACUCAACAACACAGCCAGUCGGGAGGAGACCAAGUGUGACUUCGCUGAUCCGUCCUUCGUGGUCUACUCAUCCGUGGCCUCCUUCUACGUUCCUUUCAUCGUGACCCUGCUGGUGUACGUCCAGAUCUGUGUGGUGCUGCGGAGGCGGGGCAGACGCACCGUGCCCCGCAGACACGGCCUGCACCCACAGGGAGGAGGCAAGACGGGGGAGGGCCACAGGCACAGGAAGAAUAAGUGUACCCACCCCGAGGAUGUGAAGCUGUGCACUCUGAUCAUGAGGCCCCCCACCAAUGCCCCUCAAUGCAAGAAAGUGACGUUAGUGAAGGAGGCGGUAGUGCACCCCCUGGAGGAGGAGCCUGUGGGGCGUGGUUUCCUGUCCCAGUUAGACCAGAGCCUCCCCGCGCCUCACCCACCUCCCCCUUCCGGACGAGCCACCAAGAUCUCCCUUUCUAUCUCGGUGGCGCCUGCACCCAUCCGGGCCCUGUCCCCGUCGGUGGCACCACGCUCUGCCCUCGUACCCCGCUGUGCCACCUUCGAGGAUGGCAUGAGUGGCCGCGAGCGAUGGAGGGAGCGCAAUGCAGACAGGGAGAAGGGAGCGAUGGUGAAGGAGAUGGUGAAAGGGACUCUGUCGCAGCAGAAGGAGAGGAAGGCGACGCAGAUGCUGGCCAUCGUGCUAGGUGUGUUCAUUAUCUGCUGGCUGCCCUUCUUCCUAACCCACGUGCUGAAGGCCCACUGUGGCAGCUGCUGUAUCUCGCCCUCCCUGUACAGUGCUGUCACCUGGCUGGGCUACCUCAACAGUGCCGUCAACCCCGUCAUCUACACCACCUUCAACAUCGAGUUCCGCAAGGCCUUCAUCAAGAUCCUAAACUGCUGAGUACAGGGAAGGGGAGGGGGGAGGAAUGACAAGUUUGAAAAGUGUUUUAGUUGAGAGAGGCAAAAAAUGGUAAGAGACUAGAAAUAAAAGUAAAGAAGGGAAAGAGAGGGGUGAAAACAAAGACAAGAAGGGGAGAGAGGGGAAGAGGGACACAGAGAGAGAGGCGACAGAGAAGAUAAUAAAGAGAAUCUAAGAGGUCAAACAGAAGAGCAAGUGGAAAAAGACAGAAAUACCAAAUCAAAAACAGCCUUGAGAAUUCUAAAGAGAUUAUGUAGACUUCUGUGAAUAUAAAACAUAGCAGGGAGAGAGAAAGAUUCUAAAGGUUCUAUGGGAAGAGAUGAGUCUCAUGGGGUAGGGCACAAACAGUGGCAAAAGACAGGCUACAGUGGCAGAAGACAGGCUACAGUGGCAGAAGACAGGCUACAGUGGCAGAAGACAGGCUACAGUGGCAGAAGACAGGCUACAGUGGCAAAAGACAGGCUACAGUGGCAGAAGACUGUCCCACUCCGUGUGAGGAUGACAAAGUAAGUGGUGGGCCUCCUGUAGCUCAGUUGGUAGAGCAUGGCGCUUGCAACGCCAGUGUUGUGGGUUCGUUUCCCACGGGGGGC